AGAGAGAGAGAGGGGAAGAAAAAUAAGAUAUUUGGGAUGGUGGCAGCGUUCCAACAUUCCCACCUCCGUUCCGGACUCCCUACUCCUGGUCUCUUCAGGAAGCAGAGAACCCCAACUUCUGUUUACAUUGACACCUCACACUCCUCCUUGAGUUCCAUCCAACCCUCGCUCCCUCGUUCCCUCACUCCUCUACCCGCGUGGUUCGUUAAUCCAUCCGUCACAUCCCUCUAUCCCCUUCCCCCCUCUCAACUCCGUCCAUCACAUUCCCUCACUCCUUCGUCCAAGUUGGAUGUCUUAUCCCUCCAUCUCUCCAUCCAUUCAUCCCUCCAUCAUGCACUCGUCCACCUCCAUUACGUCACUCUUCUCCUUCACCAGCCCGGCAGUGAAGAGGCUGCUGGGAUGGAAACAGGGGGAUGAGGAGGAGAAGUGGGCGGAGAAGGCUGUGGACUCCCUGGUGAAGAAACUGAAGAAGAAGAAAGGAGUGAUGGAGGAGCUGGAGAGAGCUCUCAGCUGCCCCGGACAGCCCAGUAAGUGUGUGACUAUCCCCCGGUCGUUGGACGGUCGUCUCCAGGUGUCCCACAGGAAGGGUCUCCCCCACGUUAUCUACUGCAGGGUGUGGCGUUGGCCCGACCUGCAGUCUCACCAUGAGCUCAAGGCCUUAGAGUGCUGCGAAUUCGCCUUCGGAUCCAAACAGAAAGACAUCUGUAUCAACCCCUACCACUACAGACGGGUAGAGACACCAGUGCUCCCCCCGGUGUUGGUCCCCCGCCACAGUGAGUUUAACCCCCAGCACAGUCUACUGGCUAAGUUCCGGAACGCCUCUCUCCACAACGAGCCACUGAUGCCACAGAACGCCACCUACCCAGACUCCUUCCCUCAUCUCCCAUGCACCUCCUUCUCCUCCCCCUCCUCCUCCUCCCUCAAUCAGUCCCCCACCCCUACCAGCUACCCUAACUCCCCCAGUAGUGCAGCAGAGCCAGCCAGCCCGUACCACAUCACAGCAGAGACUCCCCCUCCCCCCUACAGCAUGAUAGAGACGGCCCCAACAGAGGACAUCAAACCUGGAGACCCUUCAAACACACACAAGCUCACCUUCUCAGCUCCACACAGAGCCCUGCGGCCUGUGUGUUAUGAGGAGCCAGAGUACUGGUGUUCAGUGGCGUACUACGAGCUCAAUAAUCGCGUUGGAGAGACGUUCCACGCCUCGUCCCGAAGCAUCCUGGUCGACGGCUUCACCGACCCCUCCAACAACAAGAACCGCUUCUGUCUCGGCCUGCUGUCCAACGUCAACCGUAACUCAACCAUCGAACACACACGCAGGCACAUAGGGAAAGGUGUUCAUCUCUACUACGUGGGUGGUGAAGUCUACGCUGAGUGUCUGAGUGACAGCAGUAUCUUCGUCCAGAGUCGUAACUGUAACUACCAGCAUGGUUUCCAUGCCACCACGGUGUGUAAGAUCCCCAGUGGCUGCAGUCUGAAGAUCUUCAACAACCAGCUGUUUGCCCAGCUCCUCUCUCAGUCUGUCAACCACGGCUUUGAGGUGGUCUACGAACUCACCAAGAUGUGCACUAUACGCAUGAGCUUUGUCAAGGGCUGGGGUGCAGAGUACCACCGUCAGGACGUCACCAGCACCCCCUGCUGGAUAGAGGUGCACCUGCACGGCCCUCUGCAGUGGCUGGACAAGGUCCUGACACAGAUGGGCUCUCCCCAUAACCCCAUCUCCUCCGUGUCCUAACGCACACACACACACACACACACACACACACACACACACACACAC